AUCCUAUUUUGUUUUCCAGAUUUUUGAUUUUUAAUGGAUUUUAAUUUCUGGUUGCUUUUUUGCUACAAUUUGUGUUUUUCAAAAUAGGUUUAUGCAUAUUGAUGGAUUUAGAUGGUGUGCAACCUAAUUAUCCUUCUUCCUGUGUUACUCAUUCAGUUGGUGAUAUUUAUCGUACUCUAGAGGUUGUUGGAUCAUUUAGCCCUGGUGGUACCACUAAGGAAUGGAUUCCAAGUGUUCCCGAGGAGUUAAAACCUAGUUUGGGGAUGAUAUUUAAAGAUCCUGAAGAGGGUCUUAGUUUUUAUAAAGCAUAUGCAAAUGCCGCUGGGUUUACUUCUAGGAAAUCUACUACUAAAAGGAAGAAGAAUAACAAAGAUAUAAUUGCUUUUCAAUAUGGAGUUUGCAAUAAGGAAGGUUUUAGGGCAAUAAGAAAACCUAUUGCUCAACAAACAGUUUAUGAAGAAGGAAAAGUUCGUAUUACUAGGAAACGUUUAGUCACUCGUGUAGGAUGCAAUGCUCACAUAUGUAUGAGAUAUGAUGCUGGAAAGUAUGUUGUAACUCAUUUCAAAGAAGAACAUAAUCAUCCUUUAUAUACUCCAAGUUGUGCAAAAUUUCAGAAGGAUAAUAGAAAAAUGCAUAUUAUGCAUAAAAAGUUGAUUGUUGAUAAUUCAAAGGUAAAUGUUGGUCCUGUGAGGUCUUAUACUAUGAUGAAAGAAUUAGCUGGAUCACAUGAUAAUGUUGGUGCAUCUAAACAAGAUUUCAAAAAUUUUUAUAGAGAUUUGAAGGCUUUUAUUGAUGGAUCAGAUGCCCAAAUGUUUGUGGAUAAUUUUCAAAAUAAGAAAUUGCUCUGGAGUGCAUUUUUUUUUUCCUAUGAUGUUGAUGAAGAAGAUAGACUUUGUAGAGCUUUAUGGGCUGAUCCAAUCUGUCGAAAAAAUUAUGCACUUUUUGGUGAUAUGGUUUCUUUUGAUACCACAUUCAAAACAAACAGAUAUAAUAUGAUCUUUGGUCCAUUUACUGGAGUUGAUCAUCAUAAAAAAUGUGUUACUUUUGCGGCUUCUUUUGUAGCUCAUGAGGAUAUAUCAUCUUUUGAAUGGGUUUUCAAAACUUUUCUUAAAGCAAUGGGAAAUAACGAGCCUGUGUGUUUGAUUACCGAUCAAGACCCUGCAAUGAAAGUUGCUGUUCGUAAUGUUUUUCAAACUACAGAACAUAGGUUUUGUAUGUGGCAUAUUAUGAAAAAGGUGCCUGAAAAAGUAGGUCGGGCGAUUGCCCAAGACACUGAUUUCUUGAAAAAACUGUGUUCAUGUGUUUGGCAUUUAGAGAUUGAGCCGGCAGAAUUUGAAGAAAAGUGGAACAAAGUUAUUUCAGAAUUCCAUUUGAACGAUCAUGAAUGGUUGACAUACAUGUACAACAUACGUGAUAUGUGGAUUCCAGCGUAUUUCAGAGAUUUAUUUUUGGGUGGCAUUAUGAGAACCACAUCUAGAUCAGAAAGUGAAAAUAAUUUUUUCACUAUGUUCACAAAUCCCCAUCUCACUUUGAUUGAGUUCUACAUGAGGUUUGAAUGUGCAUUGGAUGCUCAAAGGCACACUCAAAAUAAAAUGGAUAAUGAUUCGAAGAAUAAGCGUCCGGAGUGUAAGACUCCAAUUCCUUUAGAGAAAGAUGCUUCUGAAUUGUUUACAACAACAAUUUUCUAUGAAUUUCAAUAUGAGCUUGAAAUUGGAUGUUUUAAUUGUGGUGUUGAGGAGAUGAAGAAGGACAAUGAGCUUUACAUUUUCAAUUUGAGGGAAGGAACUAGAAGGAGGACUUUUGAUGUUGUUUUUGAUCCAACUACCUUUGAUACCAAGUGUUUUUGUAAAAAAUUUGAACGUGAUGGUGUGCCUUGUAGGCAUAUGAUUUGGGUGUGGAAGGCAAGGAUGUUAGAAAAAAUUCCCAAGGCCUACAUUCUAAAUAGAUGGUGUACAAUGGCUUAUAAGAAGCCCAUUUUUGAUUUAGAGGGUAAUGUGUUGGAGGAAUGUAUUAAUGCAGUAGAUAAGAAAAUGUUAUUAAAUGAUUUGUGGUCUGAAAUUCAUGCUUGUGUGAGUUUAGUGCAAAACAAUGAAGAUGAUCUUAGUGAUCUUGUCAAAAAACUUCGAGCCAUGAGGGCAGAUUUGGAACAGAAGAAAACAAAUGGAAGCAACAAUCUUUCGAGCAAAGUUAAAGACAUUGAAAUGCUUAUUGGAGCUAGUCUACCUUCUAAUGUUUUAAUCAAACCUCCUAAAAUUUCGAAGAACAAAGGCACGGGGGUUCAUGUUCCAAAUCAGGUCAAUGUUCCAAAUGAUGUCCAUGUUCCAAAUCAGGUUCAUGUUCCAAAUCAGGUAAAUGUUCCAAAUGAUGUCCAUGUUCCAAAUGAUGUCCAUGUUCCAAAUGAGGUUCAUGUUCCAAAUAGUGACAAAAGAAUGAAGAGUGACAGAGAAAAGUCUAUUGAACAAAGUCAAAAGAAGAAGAGAUUAUGUAGAGCAUGUGGGGAGCUUGGUUAUCAUGAUAGUCGUAAUUGCCCUGGAAAAGUCAAGUGAUAUUGUUGGUGAAUAUACUAUUAAUCCAGUUGCAUGAGAUGUUAUAUAUUUAGAAACAAUAUCUCAUUUACUAGCACGUAAAAUAUU